AUGGUGAACGCAAAGAAUAAUAGCUCCGGAAAGAAGACAUUUGGCGUUUCUCUUCUUACCAGAUUAGCCAUAUUUUCUGUUUUCGUUGGGACCUUAGGCACCUAUACUUUUAGUAACAAUGGUGAGUGCUCAAACAACCAACUUGCCUUCGCAUCCGUGUCGAACACAAAAUACAGCAGAUGCUUAGCGGAAAAGGGGGAAUCAUCAGCAUCGUGCUCCACUGGAAAAAAGAGCAAACAGAAAUCAAGUAAAAAAAAGGAUCCCCCCAAAAAAAACAGCAACGAAAAUGAACCCGAAUUAGAAGACGAAGAAUGCCAAUUUGGUCUUCACCAAGAAGUUAACGAAGAAGAACUGGAACAAUUAGGAAACAUGUUUCAAGAAUUAUCAGAGAAGUUAAAUGUAGGACAAUAUUUAGAGCAAUAUAGAGGAGAUAUGGAGGAAUUCGCAAAGAAAUUUGAAGAAGGUGAUGGGGAAAAUAUCGACAUGGAUUUCUGUAAUGAUUUAUUUGGGAAAUUAGCUGAUUCUUUGAUAGAGACCUAUGCUAAAGAUACAAGUGAUGAGAAGAAAACGAAAAUGAAAGCAAAUGCCCAGAAAGCUACUAACAAGUUGCUUAAGUACUGCUUGAAGGAGAAGGCAAGACAAGUUAAAAAACAAAAGAAAAAGGAAGAAAAAAAGAAAAAGAAAAAGGAAAAGGAACAAGAAAAGAAAAAGGAGAAGGAACCAGAAAAGAAAAAGGAGAAGGAACAAGAAAAAGAAAAGGAGAAGGAACAAGAAAAAGAAAAAGAAAAGGAACCAGAGAAGAAAAAAGAGAAUACAAAAUAA